AUGGUGAGAACUGGUUGUGGUGUCAAGGCAGUCAAAACUGUCCGGUUGGCACGAUUCUUGAGUGGCGCUGGUAGAAAGAGAGGCUUACCAAGAUCGAAUUGGAGCAUGCGUGGUAGCCGAUUUUACUACACGCAGCAACAGCAGCAGCAGUUCAGUCGUUAUGGAUCGAUAGUUGCUGGUGUUUCUAUUGUUGGUGCUAUUGGAGUGAGUAUUUUCAAGUCUCGAGAAGCUGAUGUGACCACAAAGGAGGCCGAGAAAAUUCAGAAGGAUGCCAGAGAGAGGGAAGAAGAAGCUGCCAGGAUUGCUGAAGAGGCUGAACAGGAGGCCACCGAGAAAUUUAAGGAGGAGGCCGUGGAAGCACCCAUAGAGGAGGCCGUGGAAGCACCCAUAGAGGAACUCGUGGAAGAACCCAUAGAGCAAGCCGUGGAAGAACCCGUAGAUGGGGCCACGAAGGAAUCCACGAAGGAAGUCACAAAUGAAGCUACGGAUGAAGCCACAAAGGAAUCUUUGAUGAAGUCCGAGUCCGAGUCCGCGUCCAAGGUCAGUGUGGCUGGUGAAGGUAGCGAGGCAGGCAAUUCGGGCGUAGUUGCUGUUCCUAUUGCCCCAGUUUCUGCCCCGAACACUUCCAAAGAACCUAAAGAUGACCACGAAGAAGCGUAUGAUCCCGAUACAGGAGAAAUCAACUGGGAUUGUCCUUGUUUGGGAGGUAUGGCCGAUGGACCUUGUGGUGAAGAGUUCAAAGCUGCCUUCUCAUGUUUCGUCUACUCUAAAGACGAGCCAAAAGGUAUUGAGUGCAUUGACAAGUUUAAGAAUAUGCAAAAUUGCUUUAGAAAGUAUCCAGAAGUUUAUGCCGAGGAGUUAAGAGACGAUGACGAUUAUGGAGACGCUCCAAGUGUCGGUGAGGUAGCUAAGCCUACCGACACACCCGAGACGCUUGAGACACCCGAGACGCCUGAGACACCUGAGACACCUGAGACGCUUGAGACACCCGAGACGCCUGAGACACCUGAGACACCUGAGACGCUUGAGACACCCGAGACGCUUGAGACACCUGAGACACUCGAGACGCCUGAGACUUCCGAGAUUUUUGAGACAGCCGAGACUUCCGAAAAGCCUGAGACCUCCAAGACUCCUGAGACGCUUGAGACCCCCGAGGAGUUCGAAGUACUUGAGACUUCCGAGACAUUUGGAACCCCGGAGACCCCAGAGACCCCCAAAACUCACACCAACUAA